AUGGACUCGCAUUCGGGUUCAUCUUCGUCUUCAAAUAAGAUCUAUUCGUACCGAGAAGAAGAAAAGAGAGACAAACUUGCCUCAAAUUUUUAUUCUGCACUCCAUUCUGUUCGUAAACUUCCAAUGAAACAGGUGAAGAAACCAAUAGCACCUUUUCCACCAACCCCACCAAAAAUCUACAAGGUAGAUCCUGUUAAUUUUAAAGAGGUUGUUCAGAAACUUACUAGUGCAACUGAGUCCCAAUCAACUAGGCUGCAGGAGGUGGCGCCGCCGCCUCUCAGCCUUUCUCCACCAUGGCAGCAGCCUCUAGUUCAUCCUAAUCAAGAUAAAACGCCACCAGGUUCCAACUUCAGUGAUUUUAUGAUUGAAACAUACGAGUAA